AUGGCAAAGAUCGUGCUUGCAAUCAUCGCAGUUGUUGCAUCCUUCAUGCUGGUGGAUUCCCUGUCAUGCAACAAGUGCAACUUUGGCAUUGUUGGGUUCUGCUUGACCGGCAAUAAAGAGACCUGCUCGACCAACAGCAGCGUUUGCUAUACUGGAAAAGCAACUUUCCCAUCAGUCUCCAGCUUCUCAGGCUUCAACAGCCAGGGCUGCCUAGAUGUCAAUACAACUUGCAACACGUCGACUAACAGCACCCUGCUGGGAGUCAGCUACACCCUCGCAAUCUCGUGCUGCUCCACGGACAAUUGCAACCCCAUCACCACAAGCGGUGCCCCAUCUGCCAAGAUCACCCUUUCUGCCGCCAUUGCUGCAGCCGUCCUGGCCUCCGCUUGGGGAAGCAUGUUGUGA